AUGGACUCCUUCGACAUCUUUUGGGAGUUCGAGGACCUAGAACGACAAGCCCUUAUUGACCGCCUGAUAGAACUUGAUGACGCCCUAUCCUCUGUUGCUCGAGCCAGUCUGUUUGCGUUGAGGUUUUGCGAUAUUGACAUCUUUCGAAGGGCAGUCAAGCCCGAGGAGAAAGAUUUCACAUGGACCUUAAAUGCCUCUUGCAGCCCCGGGCAAGUGAUCAUGCUAGGAUUUAACGCUAAGCUCCGGCGUAUUAACCCAGAAGAUGCCGCCGGUCGGAUCGAGGCGAUCGAGGAGCCAAAGACGCCUGAAGCCGAGAUAUAUCGAAGCUCUGUGGUAGUCCUAUCCCGGUUAUCAGUUUCGUCAAACUUUUCUGCUCGUACGCAAAGCCCAAGACGUGGUGGCGAUGUCAAGAAGCUCGAACUUUCAAAUUGA